AUGUCGCUUUUUAAUCUAUCUUAUUCAAAGUUACCAGGUGGAACAUCAGCACCGUCACGAUCGCCAAAAACUUAUUUCCUGUGGUUCUGGAAGUCAAAACUAGCUAAAUACAUAUUAUUAUUGUAUAUGGCUUUUUCUAUAAUAUUUUCUAUAACGCAAUUAGCAAAAUAUACCUUUGGGAACAAUGGAAUUUCUUUAUCCGAGACAUCAGGACAUCAGCCUACUGAACCUAUCUUUAGAACAUAUGACACACAUCAAAAUUCUCCAUUAUCUGAAAUGACCAAUAAACUUAGAUUUUUAAAAAGUCAUACGUAUUCUCCUCAUUCAUUAACUGAUAGUAUACAUCCUUAUUAUAUUCGUGCUCAAUCGAAUUUUAAUCCCGAUGAUAUAACAGUGAUUACAUUUGUUACCAAUAAUCGUUUAGAUGAAUUAGUUAGAUUGGCUGAAAUAUGGCAAGGACCUAUAUCAGCGACUUUACAUAUUCCUUCUAAAAUAGGAUUAACUGACCCUCUCAUAGUUGAAACAAUUAAUUCACUCAAGAAAAUUUAUAAAAGCAAACCAAGUUUAAAAAAUCAAAUUGACAUUCAUCUGAUAACAGGUCCAUCAAGUUCACUUAAUGAAACAUUAUUACCAACUCCGACUAAUUUUCAUAUGAACUUGGCUCGAUUUUUUGCUAGAACUGAAUUCGUUUUUUUCCUUGAUUUUGAUACCUGGCCAACUACUGAAACUCAUUCAAAUAUUAAACGUUAUACUGAUUUAUUAACUAAAAAUAAUGUUUUAAUUUUACCUACUUUUAUUUUUGUUGGAAAUACCACAAAGUAUCAACUUCCUCAAAAAAAAGAUGAUGUCGUUAAUUUAGUAAAUCAACAUAAAUUAGGCUUACAAGAUUAUGGUUGGGAGAUUAAUAGUGGACCUACUUGUUUAGAAAGUUGGUUAAAAGCUAAUGAAUUAUUUCAUGUAGAAGAAUAUGAAUUACAUUAUAGGCCAAACUUUGUCGUAAGCAAAGGCGGACAAACCCCUUGGUGUUCAGAACGCUUUGAUGAUAAUAAAGCGGCUUGUAUUUUUGAAAUAUAUUUAAGUGGCGCUGAAUUAUAUGUUGAUCCUGAUAAUUUCUUAAUACAACAUCAUUUUAAUCAAGAUUCACAUCUCGUUAACUAUGAAGAUCCGCACUGGCAGAAAGUAAUUAAUAGUCGUAUGUACGCAAAUUUUUCCCGAGAGGUUUGUCUUAAAUAUGCUAGAAUGUUUGUAGCCAUGAAAAUAUGGAAGUCACCAAUUGCUGAUCAUGUAAAACAAGAAUGUCAAAGAGUUUUGACAGGUUGGGGUUCAGGUUUAAUUAAAUAA